AUCGCCCGCCCGCCUUCGAGAAAAUUGACUUGUAACGAGCCCGAGUUGAUACACGAUACGUGGUAAAAGGUCCGAUCGCCCAACACCACGAAGGAUGCAACGUCACAUCUCGUUCCUCCUCGGGAUCAUCUUGCUGUGUUUCCUUCAAGAUUUAGCGAACGGCGCUUGCCCACGAAUAUGUCCGCCAAGCGGAGAGCCAGUAUGCGGUAGCGACGGAGUGAUCUACGCGUCUCAGUGUGAAAUGCGGAAGAAGAUGUGUGGAAAAGGCGUGACCAUUGCCACGGAGAAGACCGCUUGUCUAAGAUCGUCCGGAAGUAAGUGCGAGCAUCGAUGCCCCGGCGAUCAGGAUCCCGUAUGCGGAACCGACGGCCGUACCUAUCUCAACAAGUGUAUGCUCAGAGUGGAGAUUUGCAGAGUCGGUAUCGAAUUGUCGCAUCUGGGCCCUUGCAACAACAUCUCGGCGCACAGGGAAAACUGUCCUGUCUCUUGCGAUUUUGCACCGCUCGACGGGCCCAUCUGCGGAAGCGAUGGCAACGUUUACAAAUCCACGUGUCAAAUGAAGUUACUCACCUGCGGACAAGGCGUCGUGCGCACGAACAAGAAGCAUUGUCAGACCACGAGGCAUUGUCGUGAAUCGUGUUGGCGCGGUGCCAAGCCAGCCUGCGGUAGCGAUGGAAUCCUUUAUUCGAAUACCUGUAAAAUGCGAGCAAAGAAUUGCGGCAAACACGUGUUCGAGGUGCCGAUGUCAUAUUGCGUGUCGCUCGAGCGGACAUCUGGCGGCCAAACCAACGCUUGCCCCUUGGAUUGCAAAAACGAGCCAGAAGUGCCAACCUGUGGAUCAGACGGGAGUAUAUAUAGGAACGAAUGUGAGAUGCAAAUGCUUAAUUGCGGGCAAGCAAGAAGGAAAGUGACAGUGGUAGAUUUUGAAAAAUGCAAAAGCCGUUUGACUAAAUGCACGAAACAGCAGCAAAGGUGCGGAAACGAUGUGGAUCCGGUUUGCGGAAGCGACGCGAACACGUAUCCGAAUCAAUGUCACUUAAAUGUGGCAGUAUGCUUGAAGGGCAUUCAAUUGGCUCAUGUUGGAGAAUGUACGACCUUGAAAGAAACCGAACAGUGCCCCGAAGAUUGCAGCGAGGUACCCGAGGAACCAGUUUGUGGAAGCGAUGGCAACGUUUAUCGAUCUCUUUGCCAUCUACGACGCGAGACUUGUGGUCAGAGGGUGGUUCAAGUGCCAGCGCAACAUUGCCGUACUACCGCGCUUUGCAAUCAAAUCUGUAGCGGAGAACGCCAAUUUGUUUGUGGUUCUGACAACAAACUUUAUCGUAACGAAUGUGAGAUGAAAAGGGACAAUUGUGGGAAACACGUGUAUGUGGUGCCCAUGAAGAGAUGCGUACAAGGCUUCUUAUUCCGUGGUUGUCAAAAAAUUUGCCCACCCUAUUAUGAUCCUGUUUGCGGUACCGAUGGUAUGACUUACAGCAACGAAUGUUUUCUGGAAAUCGAGAACUGUCGCAGUCGAAGCAUAGUCACGAAGAAGUAUCAUGGCGUGUGCGGUCAACCGACUGAAGAACCUAAGAACUAUUUGUAUUAGUUUCAUCGAAUUCGAUCUAUUCGCAUUUUUGUUGUCUCUUUUUCUAUCUCUUUUUCUCUUCAGAAAAAUAUUUUCUUAAAAUAUGAUCGAUACUAUUUUAUGUAAUCGAAUCAAAUUUUUCGAGUAAUUUUUAUAUCUGUUUUUUUUUUUGAAACAGAAUUUUAGUACCAUUUUCUUUUUCGAGAGAAAAAUUAUUCGACCGAGACUGAAUUCUCUUAAAUUACUCAUUUGAACAACGUUGUAAUUCGUAGACAACAAGUAAUUUUCACACAUUUGACAGCCCUUAUCGUACGCGCAAGUAUCCAUGAAUUAUCAAAUUUUUAUAUUUAUUUCAUAUUUUUUAUAUAUUGAAAAUGAUGGAUUCUUGCACGAUACAUAUAUUUUACAUUCAUAAUAGGAAUUUCGCGACGCUAAAUUAUGCGUUUGUGUAAUUUGUUCGAUAUCUUCGCACAUUACUCGCUGAUUAAUUCAUUUUUAUUUAUUUUAGUAUUCUUAAUUAUCAUAUCAUCCUUUCAUCAUUUAUCGCUAAUACUACGUAACACGAACAAUUCCAAAAUGCAUUUAUAUUCCAAUUAUUAUAAGAAAGUACAUAUUUAACUAUUAUAUGUACGUAUAUCCCUCUUUCUGACAUGUGAUUUUUUUAUACCAUAAUUAUCUAAUCAUUGUAUACUUUUAUUUAUUCAAUCAAACAUUUGACAAUCAUUUUUUGUAUCAAUAUUAAUAUACAUGCUUCAAGUGUCAAUAAUAAACUAUAUAUGGAUAUUUUUAGGUAAAAAAA